ACCCUCGUUUUCCACGGUUGCUCAUUUGUGGGGUCUGUUCCAUUAUUUUCACCAACCAAUUAAUGUGUUGUUGAUUACUUGAUUCAGAGAGUAAAAAAAAUUUAUUCAUUUAUAGAGGGAUUAUGUAUGAAUUAAUGGAUACAUAUUAGUUUAGCAGUUUGUAGACGUGAGUUAAAUAAUUGGGCAGAGCAUACUAUAAAAAACCCUCUUUGGAAUGUAACCUGAAUGAAAAUGAAGAGAUCUAGCAGAACCUCAAAACUGUGUUUGAUUCAGGAAAAACCCCAACUCGGGUUGUAGGAGUGAGACCCAGAAGCUCCUGCAAUAAAUUUUGUCAAACCCCAAAGCCUCCAUUGUUGUCUAUAUUCUCUCUCUGCUUUGGGUAUAUACUAUGUAUAUGAUAUGUACCCGUAAUUCCAAUCAACACUUCGUAGAUCUCUUGCCAGGCCCUGUUUUUGAUUUUCAAUCUUCCUGCUUGUGAUUUGGGGAGGUGGGUUUCCUGCUAUUUGAUUGGAUUGGAGAUGGGUGAGAAUGGUUUUGAGAAAUGGGUGUUGACUGUCACAGCCCAGACUCCCACCAAUAUUGCAGUAAUCAAAUAUUGGGGGAAGAGGGAUGAGACCCUCAUCUUGCCUAUCAAUGACAGUAUCAGUGUCACUCUGGAUCCCAAUCAUCUUUGCACAACCACUACUGUUGCAGUCAGCCCUUCUUUUGAGCAGGACCGGAUGUGGCUCAAUGGCAAGGAGCUUUCCCUUUCUCAAGGAAGGUACCAAAGUGUUUUGAGGGAAAUUCGUAGUCGUGCUACUGAUUUUGAGGAUAAGGAGAAGAAUAUUAAGAUUACCAAGAAGGAUUGGGGGAAAUUGCAUUUACACAUUGCUUCAUAUAACAACUUUCCUACUGCUGCUGGAUUGGCUUCCUCUGCGGCUGGCCUUGCUUGUUUUGUAUUUGCCCUGGCAAAGCUGAUGAAUGUAAAAGAAGAUGAGAGCAAGCUUUCUGCUAUUGCGAGGCAAGGCUCGGGCAGUGCUUGUCGCAGUUUAUUUGGUGGAUUUGUCAAGUGGAUCAUGGGAAAAGAUGAGGACGGAAGUGACAGUGUUGCUGUUCAACUUGCAGAUGAGAAGCAUUGGGAUGAUCUUGUCAUAAUUAUUGCUGUGGUAAGCUCAAGGCAGAAAGAAACAAGUAGCACCUCAGGAAUGCGUGAGAGUGUUGAAACUAGUUUGCUUUUACAGCACAGAGCAAAGGAAGUUGUACCGGAACGUAUAAAACAAAUGGAAGAAGCCAUAGCAAGUCGUGAUUUCGCUUCGUUUACGCAGUUGACUUGUGCCGAUAGUAAUCAGUUUCAUGCAGUCUGCUUAGAUACAUGCCCCCCCAUAUUCUACAUGAAUGAUACGUCCCACAGGAUUAUCAGCUGUGUUGAAAAAUGGAAUCGUUCUGAAGAAACGCCUCAGGUGGCUUACACUUUUGAUGCUGGCCCGAAUGCUGUUAUGAUUGCACGUGAUAGGAAGUCUGCAGCCCAAUUGCUUCAGAGGCUGCUUUUCUACUUCCCGCCAAAUUCUGAUAUUGAUUUGAACAGUUAUAUUCUCGGAGAUAAGUCAAUACUACAAGGUGCUGGGAUCCAUGGCAAGAAUGAUAUUGAAGCUUUACCGACGCCACCUGAAAUGAAGGAUGCCCAAAAGUACAGAGGUGAUGUCAGUUAUUUCAUCUGUACAAGACCAGGGAGAGGUCCUGUUGUGAUUUCUGAUGUCAGUCAGUCUCUACUCAACCCUGAAACCGGGUUGCCCAAGUGAAUCUAGAGUAUGAUAACUUCUUUCCAUGCAUCGGUCUGUUUUUCUCGGCAGAGUAGUCUAUCCGGAAGCCUUCUAUUCAGCUGCCGUUUCAUGUGUCGCUGUGAAGUGAUUACCUGGAGCUGCUCCUUGCAAAAUUUCAGUUAUUGUUUCGAGUCUUUGUAAUUUAAUUUUUGGGUUGAUGUACUCAUUCUUCUUUGAAACAGUGAUGAAUAAAUUGUUCAUUGUUUCCCUUCAAGACUUUUUAGUGAUUUAUACCAAAGUCUCGCUAGUUUGUUAA